GCGGGCUGGCGGCAGGCUGUGAGCCCGGUCCGGGAGCCGUUCUGAUGGGAGAGCAAGAGCAGGAAAGACCGAGGCCUGAGCCGGAGCCGGAGCCGGAGCCCGACUUCGUCUACACGGAGCGAGACCUGUUGCGGAGCGGCAUCCGCUGGGAUGGAGCGCGGCCCGACUCCCGCUUCGACGAGGCGCUGCGCUUGGCCUGGGAGCGGAGGAUGCGAGCCGGCUGCUUCCGUUACCGGCUGUGGGAGCCCGAGCUGCCGGUGCGGGAGCUGCCGGGGAGGUGCCGCCUGCUGGCGCAGCUCAACGUCCGGCGGGCCACCGAGCGCCGCAAGCCUCAGGAGAUCCUCAGCGUGCGGCAGCCCUUCGACCCGCAGCGCUUCAACUUCAGCCGCGUCCCACGCCGGGAGCUCCUCUUCCGCCUGCGCCCGAGCCGGAGCCCCGAGGCGGGCGGCGAUGCCGAGGCCCUGUUGAUAAUCAACGUCAGCCCCCUGGCCUACGGCCACGUCCUGCUGCUGCCCGAGCCCGAGCUGCCGCUGCCGCAGGCCCUGACUCGAGCCGCGGUGCUCCGGGCCCUCGAGCUGGUCUUCCUGAGCUCCGAGCCCGCCUUCCGGGUCGGCUUCAACAGCCUGGGCGCCUUCGCCUCCGUCAACCACCUGCACCUGCACGGCUUCUACCUGCCGCACCGGCUGCAGGUGGAGUCCGUGCCCACCGAGCCGCUGGGCGAGGCCGGCGUCGGGGCCCGGCUCCACCGGCUCUGCGGCCACUACACCCGGGGCCUGGCGCUCUACUCGGACGGCCGAGCCCGCGACCGCGCCGAGGUGGCCGACACGCUGCUGGCCGUCAGCGACCUGCUGCUGCGCCGCUCGCUCGCCCACAACCUGCUGGUGAGCCGCGGCUGCCCGCUGGGGCCGGGGCCGGGGCCCGAGAGCCGGGACGGCGUGCGGCUCAUCGUGUGGCCGCGCACUCCCUGCUUCGGUGCCAAGGACGAGUCGGCCUUCAACGUGGCCGUCUGCGAGCUGGCCGGCUUCCUGCCCGUCAAGACGGCCCGGCACUUCGAGAGCCUGACCGAGGAGUCGGUGCUGCGGGCCAUCGGCGAGGAGCAGCUGCCCGCCGAGCACUUCUCACGGCUGUGCGCCGAGAUAGCGGCGCUGCCGCUGCCCUGAACCCACAGUGCACCCAGUGCGUCUGCUUCCCGUAUUCCUGUCACCCCUCACCCCUCCCGGUACCCCCGGCCACGGCCCCUCUGCCUCCCAGCAAAAGGGGAACAGAACGAGGCCACUCGGCCCGUCUAAUCCUG